AUGAGGUUCACCUCUGCGAUCCUCUCCCUCAUCCUCGCCGCCCCUCUGGCGGUCUCAGCGUACAGCCCGGUGCCCCCUGACGAGCCGCUUCUGCUCAACUGGCAGCUGCACAAGGUCGGCUUCGCCUGGGUGUGGAUCAACACGCUCGGCUACGCCAUCAGCGUGCAGACGACGCACAAUUCGAUGUGGACGCUCGAGCGGUACGACGACGCCUCGCAGCAGUGGAACCAGGUGUUCAUGCCUGUCGACUCUGGCACCAUCAUUGGCGGGCAGACCCAGCAGCUCCAGUCCAACAUGGUCGACAUGGUGAAUGGAAAGGCCAAGUUCUCAAUUCAGGUCAACGGCAAGCACCACGUCGUCCCCCCCAUCCCUCAACCGUCUUCGUGA